AUGCAGGCAGCUGUCCUGCAGAGGGCUGUGAACCUGGAGGUAUCCACUGCUGAAAGCAUCAACUGGCCUGUUUCUUAGCAGAGCUACCUGCCAGUUCAUACCAGCACUGUCCGCUCUCAGCUUGCAGUGAGGACCUGGUCCAAUGGGCAACUUUAUAGUUCUCUUCUCCAACCCUCCUGUCCUCUGCCUGCAUCAUAGCUUAGAGAAGGCUCCAAGGGUAAUUAAGUCACAUGGUCAGCAGAGGCCUUGGUCAUGAUCACAACCAGAAUGGGAAUGUCCCUGGUGGAUGUUGAUGUUGUCUGGGGGAAGACAUUAUUGGGAGGCUACAGAACAUCACAACUAAGACUUGGUCCAAGGACCUGAAAUCUAGUCCAGCUGGAAGGCUGAUGUGCCAGUCCAGAUGGGCUCCUAUGGGGCCAUACACUCAGCUAAACCCUUGUUGGGGGCAGUGUGGGCUCCAGGCCAACAUGUCUGCAUUGGUUGGUGUCCUGGUUUCUUUAGACUAACCCACAUUUCACCCCUUGCCCCAGAAUGCCAUGUCCUAUGUUUAGGCCUACUUGCCUUCCAGAGCUAUCACUCUCAGCAGCUUCUCAUCCACAAAGCCUCCCCGGACCUGGCUCCUGACUCUCCCUCCGUGUGCCCCCUGGAAUGGAUUCAGGACUAUGUUGACUGGAUUGGCUUAAUGACAAACAGACAAGAAGGUGCAGGCCUUGGCUUUUACUGAGAUUAGACCUGAGGACUCCCUGGCCUCUCAGGAACCCGAUUCUCUGCUCGGCCUGACCUCCCAGAUUUCACAGAGAUGAUGAGAGCCCUGGGGUACCCACGCCAUAUUUCCAUGGAGAACUUCCGCACACCCAACUUUGGGCUUGUCUCUGAAGUGCUUCUGUGGCUUGUGAAAAGGUAUGAGCCGCAGACUGAUAUUCCUUCUGACGUCGAGACUGAACAAGACCGAGUUUUCUUCAUCAAGGCCAUUGCCCAGUUCAUGGCCACAAAGGCACAUAUAAAACUCAAUACCAAGAAGCUCUACCAGGCGGACGGGUACGCAGUGAAAGAACUGCUGAAGAUCACAUCCGUGCUUUAUACUGCAAUGAAGACCAAGGGGAUGGAGGGCUCCAGCGUAGGAGAGGAAGACAUCAGCAAAUUCAAGUUUGAUCUUGGCUCCAAGAUUGCAGAUUUGAAAGCAGCCAGACAACUUGCUUCUGAAAUCACUGCCAAAGGAGCUUCUCUGUAUGACUUGUUGGGCAAAGAGGUUGAGCUGAGGGAACUGAGGACAGAAGCCAUUGCUAGACCUCUAGAGAUCAAUGAGACUGAGAAGGUGAUGAGGAUUGCAAUCAAAGACCUUUUGGCACAGGUUCAGAAGACUAAAGACCUGCUCAAUAAUGUGGCCUCUGAUGAAGCGAAUUUAGAAGCCAAAAUUGAAAAGAGAAAAUUAGAACUGGAAAGAAAUCGGAAGCGACUGCAGACCCUGCAGAGCGUCAGGCCGGCCUUUAUGGAUGAGUAUGAGAAGGUUGAGGAAGAGUUGCAAAAGCAAUAUGACAUCUAUCUAGAGAAGUUUCGGAACCUGGCUUACCUGGAGCAGCAACUUGAGGAUCAUCACAGGAUGGAGCAGGAGAGGUUUGAAGAAGCUGAAAAUACUCUCCGUCUGAUGCAGAAUAAACUAAAGGAAGAAGAGAAGCGACUGCUCAAGAGUGGAAGCAAUGAUGACUCGGACAUAGACAUUCAAGAGGACGAUGAAUCGGACAGCGAGCUGGAGGACAGACGGAUGUCUAAGCCUCGGACAGCCAUGGAAGUGCUCAUGCAAGGAAGGCCCAGCAAACGCAUCGUGGGCACAAUGCAAGGUGGAGACUCGGACGAAGAUGAAGACUCAGAGGACAGUGAAAUUGACAUGGAAGAUGAUGAAGAAGAUGAUGACGAUUUGGAAGAUGAAAGCAUUGCUCUCUCACCAGCUAAGCCCAGUCGAAGGGUCCGGAAACCGGAGCCCUUGGACGAGAGUGACAAUGACUUCUGACCUUCCUGCCAAGGGACCCAGGCAGAUUAAGAGCCUCAGAUGUGUAGGUGAACAGGGCUCGGCAGGCUGGAAAGGUAACGUGUGUUUUGUUCCCUACACCAUCUGGGCUUAACCAUUAUGAAACCCCAACAAAGAUUUUCUUCUGUCUAUCUCCUGACACUUGGGAUCCCCAGACCUGUGUUCUAAGUAAUUCAAAUCUACAGGAAAAUCCCUUGAGAAAUACAGACUGAUAGCAUAGAA